AUGUCAUUGAACCUCUCAGUUUAUCUGUCAAUGCGGGAUAUUCUUGAUGUGAUUUUUAUUAAUCGAUUUGGACGACAGCUUUGGAGUUGGGAUGGCGGAUUUCUUAUCAAUAAAGCAUCAAGAUUAGCACUUGAUUAUGAAGAAGGAUAUUUACGCAAAUUUCAACGAACAUAUAUUUGUCAAAAUGCACGCAAACCAAAAAACGAAGCUAAUACACAAUUAUGGUGUCUACUAAAAGAUGGAUUUAUCGCCUCAGCAGAGAAUCAAUAUAAACUUGUAUUAUAUAUUCUGGGAGAUUCUACAACAGAAGGUGCACAUAUAAUACUACAUCGUAAAAAGAGAAGAAAUAAUGACAGUCAGCGAUGGAUUAUUAUUCGCAUAAAUGACUAA